AUGGCUCACGUUAGGAAUAGAUCGUAUAAAAAUCAACAGUUGGUGGCAAUGCGUUUGUUCAAAGAGUUUAACAACACUCCCUAUUUCUUUUGGGGUGUAAUGAGUAUAGUUAUGCAGGCUCGUGAAAGUCCCGAAAUGGGCGCAAAAAUGUUUUACCCUCUUGCAGCAAGGAUGGUGGAAAAUCAUAUAUCAAAGCACGGAUACAAAGCAGGAGCAGGUAUGAUGUAG